CCCAGCGCUCCAUCCCGCAGCACAGGGCUCAGGCAAAGUCUUAGUCCCCAGGCGGUGAGGUCUGGGUGGGGAAGCCCAGGGCUGGGGAUUCCCCUGUCCUCAAGUUUCAUUUCUCCAGCUCCUAACCUGGGUCAGGUCCUUCUACCCCGACCCUGAUGACAACUUGGCGGUUCUCACCCUCAUUGAGUGACGCGAUCCCGGGGAACCAACCAGCGUCACCGCGGUCUCAGGCUGUAAAGUCCCAGACCGCGGAACUCAAGAGUCUCCGCAGAUCCGAGUUGGGGGCGAUGGCCCCACACACGCUGCUCCUGCUGCUGGCGGCCGCCCUGGCCCCGACCCAGACCCGCGCGGGCUCGCACUCGCUACGGUAUUUCUACACCAUCGUGUCCCGGCCCGGCCUCGGGGAGCCCCGGUACAUGGAAGUCGGCUACGUGGACGACACGCAGUUCGAACGCUUCGACAGCGACUCUGAGACUCAGAAGGCCGAGCCGCGGGCGCCGUGGAUGGAGCAGGAGGGGCCGGAGUAUUGGGAGAGGAGCACAAGGAACGCCAAGAACGACGAGCAGACUUUCCGAAUGAACCUAAGAAAUCUGCUCGGCUACUACAACCAGAGCGAGGGCGGCUCCCACACCAUCCAGGAGAUGUUUGGCUGUGAGGUGGGGUCGGACGGGCGCCUCCUCCGCGGGUAUGACCAGUACGCCUACGAUGGCCACGAUUACAUCGCCCUGAACGAGGACCUGAAGACGUGGACGGCGGCGGACACGGCGGCGCAGAUCACCCGGCGCAAGUGGGAGCAGGCUGGGGAGGCAGAGGUCACCAAGGCCUACGUGGAGGGCGAGUGCGUGCCUUGGCUACGCAGAUACCUGGAGAUCGGGAAGGACGCGCUGCUGCGCACAGAUCCCCCAAAGGCAUAUGUGACCCAUCAUCCUGGAACUAAAGGUGAUGUCACCCUGAGGUGCUGGGCCAUGGGCUUCUACCCUGCCUUCAUCACCCUGACCUGGCAGAGGGAGGAGGAGGAACAGACUCAGGACAUGGAGCUGGUGGAGACCAGACCUUCUGGGGAUGGAACCUUCCAGAAGUGGACAUCUCUGGUGGUUCCUUCUGGAGAGGAGCACAAAUACACAUGCCAUGUGCACCAUGAGGGGCUGCCUGAGCCCCUGACCCUGAGAUGGGAGCCUCCUCAGUCCACGGUCCCCAUCACAGCAGUCAUUGCUGGUCUGGUUCUCCUUGGAGCUGUGAUCAUUGGAGCUGUGGUGGCUGUGGUGAUGAAGAGGAGUAGAAACCCAGGUGGGAGAGGAGGGGACUAUGCUCCAGCUUCAGGCAGAGACAGUUCCCAGAGCUCCGAUGUGUCUCUCUCAGGCUGUAAAGCAUGAAGACAGCUGCCUGGUGUGGAUGGAGUGACAGACGAUGUGUUCAGGUCUCUCCUGUGACAUCCAGAGCCCCUCAGUUCACUCUCAGCAAUAGUGUCUGAUGUUCCCUGUGAUCCUAUGGGCUCAGUGUGAAGAACUGGGGAGCCCAGCCCAGCCCUGCACACCUGACCCUGUCCCUGCACUGCCCUGUUCCCUUCCACAGCCAACCUUCCUGUUCCUGCAGACAGGAGGGGACAUCUCCAUCCUGUCUCCUCCAUGCUGUCCUGAGCUGCAGCCCCUGAGUUCCCCACUGAAAAUAUGAAUCUGAACGUGAACUUGAUUGUUCACGUCCUUGAUCUCAAAGGUUGAUUAGCGGUAAAAUAAAGAAUUGAGAUACGUAGAGUGUGGAGGAAACAAAAGGCAGCGUGGAGAACCUCCCAGAAUCUGUGUUCACUAUGCUGUGUGCACCUGGUGGGACAGGAAGAGGCUGUGGGAGCAGCCAGCCACUGGCUCUUACCUAAACUCAGUCCAAAAUGGUGAUCCUGCCUCCAGGAAUCUCAGAAUGAGACUGUGUCUGAGAGCGGUUUCCUCCCAUUUUGUAAUCCUCUCUAGGGCUGUCGUUAGAGGUGUGCAUCACUGGGAUUUAGGGAAGGCACUGCCUGGUUGCUAUGGGAACUAGUGUGGCUACUGGGAUUAAAGGUGUGUGUCACCACUGCCUGGUAGUAAGGCUGACCAGUGGGGCUGUUUUACUCUCUGAUCUAUAGGCAAGCUUUAUUUUAUUUUAUUAAAGUAAAAAUCAAAUGCUA